GGAGGCCGGCGGGGUCCUGGGAGCGCACCGGCGGCUGGCCUGCCCCGCCCCCGUCCUCGGCGCCGAGCGUCUCUUCCGCACCCCUGUUCCUUUUCCGGGAGCGCGGGUGGCGGCCGCUGGUGUCUUUCUCUCGGCUUGCAGCAAUCCUGCGGCGACUAUGGCGGCUCGGACACGUGGGGCCGCCUUGCCGCUCUGCGCCGCAGUUUUUUUGCUUGGUAUGGCUUUCUGUAAAGGAUUUGUAGAAGAUUUAGAUGAAUCGUUUAAAGACAAUCGAAAAGAUGACAUUUGGCUUGUAGAUUUUUAUGCACCGUGGUGCGGUCAUUGUAAAAAGCUGGAACCGAUCUGGAAUGAAGUUGGCCGUGAGAUGAGGAGCAUUGGCUCGCCAGUUAAAGUUGGGAAGAUGGAUGCUACUUCCUAUUCUAGCAUUGCUUCAGAGUUUGGAGUUCGAGGUUAUCCAACAAUUAAGCUAUUAAAGGGGGACUUGGCAUAUAAUUAUAGAGGACCACGAACUAAAGAUGACAUUAUUGAGUUUGCUCACAGAGUAUCUGGGGCUCUAGUUCGGCCACUUCCAAGCCAGCAAAUGUUUGAGCAUGUGCGGAGAAGACAUCGUGUGUUUUUCCUUUAUAUUGGUGGAGAGUCACCCUUGAAGGAGAAAUACAUAGAUGCUGCUUCAGAAUUAAUUGUGUAUACAUACUUCUUUUCUGCCUCUGAGGAUGUGGUUCCUGAGUACGUGACACCGAAGGAGAUGCCUGCCGUGCUUGUCUUCAAAGAUGAGACAUACUUCGUGUACGAUGAAUACGAGGAUGGCGACCUGUCAUCUUGGAUCACCAGAGAGAGGUUUCAGAAUUACCUGGCUAUGGACGGCUUCCUCUUGUAUGAACUUGGAGACACUGGAAAGCUUGUGGCUAUUGCAAUUAUUGAUGAGAAAAAUACAUCGGUUGAACAUACCAGAUUGAAGUCAGUUAUUCAGGAAGUCGCUAGAGAUUACAGAGAUCAGUUCCACAGAGAUUUUCAGUUUGGACAUAUGGAUGGGAAUGACUAUAUAAAUUCCUUGCUGAUGGAUGAAGUCAAAGUCCCGACUGUAGUUGUACUGAACACGUCAAACCAACAGUACUUCUUACUGGACAGGCCCGUCACGAACACCGAAGACCUGGUCCAGUUCAUCCGCAGCGUUUUGGACGGCUCGGUGGAAGCACAAGGAGGUGAUAGCAUUUUUCAGAGAUUGAAAAGAAUGGUGUUUGAUGCCAAAUCUACUGUCGUGUCGAUAUUCAAGAGCUCUCCGAUCAUGGGCUGCUUUCUCUUUGGCCUGCCUCUGGGUGUCAUCAGCAUCAUGUGCUAUGGCAUCUACACAGCUGACACGGACGGAGGCUACAUAGAAGAGCGGUACGAAGUGUCCAAAAGCGUGAUCGAAAGCCAGGGAGCCACGGAGGAGAGCAGCGAGCCGAGGAGCGCGCACUCGCCAGGGCCCGCGGGGCCGGGGCCCAAAGACGUGUUAGAGAAGAAGACAGAUUGAGACUUCCCUCGGAUUUCAAGGGACUAAAAGAGUCUAUUUAUUGAAUUUAGACAUUUAAUCAUGAUCUUUACAGAGGACAACUUAUUUGUAUUUUGCUAAUAUCAGCUGCAUGGAUUAAAGUAGCUCUUCGUAAAUGGGGAGAUGUGUGGAGCAAAGAGAGGAAAUGUUUGUCUAAAACGAAAAAUAUUCCAUGGAAGUUGACCUUCUAGAUGUUAUCACAGAUCAGUACUACGUGCAUGUUUCUCUAUCUGAAUAUUCAGUGACAGAAUGAAGAUUCCUGGGCAGAAUAUUUAAGCCAGCCAGUCAGAUAGAAGAAACAUGUUUAAUAGAGAAAAACAAUAGUUCCACUUCCUACCAUCACUCAUUCUCCUCUUAUAUUUUGGGUAAAAUUUAUAUGGACAAAAUUGUCUUUACAAUGUAGGCACUUUAAGGAAAACUAAUAACUUUUUCCACAGAUCAAAUUAAGAUUAAGAAAUUUUAAAAAUUUGGUUUUAUAUAGCAUAGACAUUUUAUUUUGUUAUUUUUUAAAGGAGAGGAAAUGUUACUUUUUAACUUUAUACUUGGUUGCAUUAUAAAAUUUUCAUAUUGGCCUAUAUAGUGGCAAAAAACAGUCUUUAUGUUUCAUCUUUGCAACACAGCCGUGUUCACGUGAAGUGGGGCUUUCAGACCAGGCCCUGGGAGCCUGAGAGCCAGCUGCCCACAGUCACUUCAGGAGGGGGAGGGGCUUUGUCACCCCUGCCCAGCUUUGGCCGGGACAGCCUACUUUAUUUUUUUCUAUAUUGCGGUCUCUUCUAAAAAUGUCCUUUGAUUAAUAGCCCCUGCUGCUUUGUAAAAAGUAGCGUAUGUCCUAUUUUAUGUUUCUGGGAGAGUGACUGUGGUAACUUACACGCACGUGUGUGCGCAUUCACGCACACAGACACGUGGAGAAUGUACUGGCCCACGCCCCAGUGGCAGUGUGGGCACGCUGUGCUCAUGGCGAAUGAGGAGCGGCACAGGCCGCCGGCCAGCAGAGUUGAGGUCAGGGACCGAUGGGCGUGACUGACAGGCUCCCCCUCACC